CUUGUCAACCUCUCUAAAUCUUCCAUCUUCUUUAGUAAAAACACCCCUCCCCAUAUUCAAAGGCAAAUCUGUAACACCCUCAAUGGCAUCUCUGUCCACACUUCCACUAAGUACCUGGGAUUACGUCUGGGGUUGGGAAAAUCCAAAAUUGAUACUUUUUCUUAUGUGGAGAACUCAGUGAAAAAAAGAAUUUUGAACUGGAAAUCCAAGUUUAUAUCACCUGCAGGUAAAGAAGUCCUUAUCAAAUCUGUG